AUGUCAAUGAUAAUUGCUCAAACUCCUAAAACUUAUUUCGGUUCUGACAUUCAAAAAUCAUUAGGCUCUCUUCCUAGCUUUCCAUGGGUAAAAUACCCCGGAGAAAACAUCUUCCCGAUCAUAAUUACACUGGUCCAGGUACAAGAUGCGAUUUCAAAAUCAAAGACUCCCAAUGAGAAUCGCGUACCACAAACCAACACAACGUUAGAAAACAAUUUCUUCCCAUAUUUAUUUACUGAAAUGGUUUUGGAAGCUGGUUCAAAUCCCAUAAAAACCAUUAAACACCCUGGGGAAUUUGAAACAAUGUUGAAAACAGUUCUAUAUCCCAAAAACUACGAUUCAGUCUCAGGAUGGAUACCCGAUGUUGGUGGUGGAAGAGUUUUAAAAGAACCGGUAAGAAAUGUUCCAAAUGAUGCAAAUGCAGAUAGAAUGAGAGCUAUUGCUCGAAACACAAUAGAAAGAGUAGGACGAGCAGGUAAUCAUGGAUUUGAAAAACGAGUACUUCAGUACAAUAAUGUUGUUGAGAAUAAUAGGUUUGGUAAUUACGUAAAUUGA